CGAACGUGCGCAUUGUAGAAUCAACUUAAGCUUAAGGUGCUUUCAUACCACCGGUCUACGGUAUUUUGCUUAAAAACAAAGAAUUUUGACGAUUGAUGUUUGAUAAUAACAAUUCCAUUUUCACUAAAUUUAAAGUGAAAACCUUAAAAAGAAAUUAUGGUUAAUAAUGUGGAGGCAGAAUGUUCGUUUGACAAUUGGUAUAACAUUUUUUCUAAGGAGUCUUUGGAAGCAAUUAUUAUUCCAUUAACAACAGAAAUUUUAAAAUAUUUGGAACAUGAUUCAUUUAUCCUUCCAAUAGAAGCAACAAGGAAUAUUACAUGUAAUUCAGAAUGGUCAGAUGGUUCAUCAGUCACUGAAGAUUCUUCAAAUGAACCGGAGAAUACACCACCUAAUUUUCCGGAAUUUAGUCAGAAAAUUCAACAAGCUAUUGACGAAUUUAAAGCUGUUUUUAUAAAAUCCAAUUGGAGUACACCUAGUGAUGCCACGUGGGUCACACCAACCAAGUCAUUAAAAUGCACUUCCUUGGAAGAUGUGUAUUUGCUAUUGAAAAGUUCCGAUAGGAUAUCGAGAGAUUUAAGUAAAUUAAGAAGUUGCAGUGAUAAUAAAAAUCCUCUCAACUUCUGUUUAGUACUCAAAAGAUGGAACGAAAUCAAUCCAUGCACUGAAUUUCGUUGUUUUGUUAUUGAAAAUGAAUUAGUAGGAAUAUGUCAAAGAGAUGUUUCACAAUACUACAGACAUAUAGAAUCUGAAAAGUACAAUAUUCAAAAGGACAUUACAACUUUAUUUAAUGAACGAAUUAAGGAUAGAUUCAAAUUACAAAAUUAUUCAUUUGACGUUAUACGUUACAAGAAGGAUAAAGUAAAAAUUAUAGAUUUUGGACCAAUGAACGAAUCAGUAACGAAUGAAACUCUGUUCACCUAUCAAGAAUUAAACGAAAUCGAAAUUACUCCCGAGUUCAGAUUUAUCGCUGAAGAAGUUGGUGUCCAACCAAAAAAGAUUAAUCAUUUUUGUGUACCUCAGGAAAUCAACGACUUUUUUCAGUCGAGGGGAGAAAUGUCCUUAAUUGACACUCUAAGAGCAGAAGUUGAGUCUCAAGAAACAGCUAAUGAAAGUGACGAAGAAGAAUCUGGACAAAACAGAUAAAAUAACCGUCUUUCUUCGUACACAUUUUCCAUUAUUCAUUAAAUGUUAUAAAUUAUAAAGAUUAUAAAUAAAUUGAAUAAUAUAAGUUUUA